UAAGAGUGAAAACAGAGAUUUCUAUCACAUUGUUAAUGUGGAAUUGAAGUUUUAUUGAAAGUAAUGACACUAGCAAUGUCUAUAUUUUCUAUGAAUAUGUUCAGGUUAUCCAAGGAAGCAUGUAAAAAAAUAAAUAGUAUCCUUGCAAAGUUUAGGUGGAGCUCAAGUGAUUGCAAACGAUUAUGUAUACUUCAGAUAAAAGGGAGAAUGGGGUUCAGAGGUACAAAAGUUAAAACUAUUCAAUCAGGUUUUACUUCGGCAAACAAGUAUGGACAAUUUUUCACAAUCCAGAAAGUUCGAUGGCAAGAGACUUUUACCAAGAGUAUUAAAGGCAAGAGAAGUUUCUGGAGACAAUAUUUUUACGGCAGCACUAAAAAAGAAGUUUCCUUUUGAACUCUGGUUCUUCUUUUUCCUUCUCAAAAUCUUUCAUCAGCCACCUCAAAAUCACAGAGCCGGCCAUAAUCGAAGUAACAAAAAUAAAAAAAUGUUAUAGAUUAUUGUUUCGCAUAUAAAAAGAUUAUAAACUUCAACCAGUCCUAGAAUGUCAUUAUAUAAAAACGUACGGUUGCUGGUUUGUUUUUGGUAUUUGACUCAGUUUUAUGGUUUCCUGAUACUUGUUAAUGCUAUGCAUCCUUUUAAAUAACCGUACUCAUACUUUAUUUAUGCUCCUACCAAUAUUUGCCUUCACUUAAUGACCAGAUAGACAACGUAAUUGAUUCUAACAUCCGUUCUGAAAAACCAAGCUUUAUAAAUUUUAGGCCCAUAUUACAUGUAUUAUUUAAGUUGGGCCGCAAUAAUAUAUUUAUCUUAUAUAUCCAUUACAUUAAAAACGAGAAUUCAUAUUUUUUCCAUGCAUCUGCUUCGGCGAGUGAACUUUGUAAAACUAUUAGAAUAUCUUUUAAAAGUAAUGAAUCUACUAAAUAUUUUUUCCUAGAUAUACAUACAUAAUUCUUGUCUAAAUCACUAUUUUCAUGACAUUGUUUCCAAAUUCAAAUCUUUUAGUCUUCUAAAGCCAUUAUUAGCCCCAGACCCAAAGAGCGUAAGAAUAAAAGACGAGUUUUCCCCAAUAUUCGAAGCUUACGAUUGAAAAUCACAAGCUUGAAUAAAGAAGCUUGACUUUAAAGCAUUUUGAUUUCGAAUCUGAUUUCUGUUUUCGAGAGAGAGAGAAAGUGAAAAUGGGCUCUAAAGGCAGCGUUCAAAAGAUGAUUCAGAGUUUGAAAGAGAUCGUGAACUGUUCCGACUCAGAGAUCUACACGAUGCUUGUGGAGUGCCAUAUGGAUCCUAACGAAACCGUUAUUCGUCUCAUUUCUCAAGAUGCUUUUCAAGAGGUGAAGAGCAAGCGAAACAAAAAUAAAGAUACUAAAUAUCACGCAGAGUCAUGGAGACGUGGAAUCCCAAAUCGUGGAGCUAGAAACAGUGCUAAGUCCAGUUACAACACCGCUCGAGGUGGCGGCAACAAAUUUAACUCCAAUGAGACAAGACUUGCUCAAAGAGGGAAGGGAGCACGCAACCAUUGGGCUGGCUCUUCUUCAGCACCAAAAAGUGAUCCUAAAAACGCUGAAGUUCAGGAAGCAGCACCAGCGGGUUCAACUGGUGCUGCAGCUUCUUCCUCUUCGCUGCCACCACCAGCGUAUCAAUCCGCUUGGGCCAAAGCUAACCCCGGGAAGAAAACUAUGGCUGAGAUUGUGAAAAUGGGUAAGCCUCUUCAUCAGAAGAAAGUCAGUGUGCCUCGUUCAUUAGAGACGCAAGAGAGGGGAAGCAAAGCUCCUUUGAAAGAUGAAGGGUCUUCAACUGAGAAGCAAGAGAGGGGAAGCAAAGCCCCUUUGAAAGAUGAAGGGUCUUCACUUGAGAAGCAAGAGAGGGGAAGCAAAGCUCCUUUGAAAGAUGAAGGGUCUUCAACUGAGAAGCAAGAGAGGGGAAGCAAAGCCCCUUUGAAAGAUGAAGGGUCUUCACUUGAGAAGCAAGAGAGUAGAAGCAAAGCUCCUUUGAAAGAUGAAGGGUCUUCAUUUGGAAAGCAAGAGAGGGGAAGCAAAGCCCCUUUGAAAGAUGAAGGGUCUUCACUUGAGAAGCAAGAGAGGGGAAGCAAAGCUCCUUUGAAAGAUGAAGGGUCUUCAACUGAGAAGCAAGAGAGGGGAAGCAAAGCCCCUUUGAAAGAUGAAGGGUCUUCACUUGAGAAGCAAGAGAGUGGAAGCAAAGCUCCUUUGAAAGAUGAAGGGUCUUCAUUUGGAAAGCAAGAGAGUGGAAGCAAAGCUCCUUUGAAAGAUGAAGGGUCUUCAUUUGAGAAGCAAGAUGUUUCUGAUCCAGUGCCUUCUCUCUUGAAACCAUUUUCUGUACCUAAAACACAUGCCGACCAAGUUGCAUUUCAUCAACAUGUGGAUGAGUCUCAAAUGGAUGAUGAGGUCCUCGAGACGAAAACAAAUCAAGUUGCAUUUCAUCCUGAUUUAGACCAGGUUGCGCAAUUGUCACACUUGAGGUUUGGUAGCUUUGGCUUGAUAGGAUCAGGCCGAGCUAGUAGUCGCUUUAAUUAUAACUUGGAGGACACGCAAGAGACAGAGGAGGAUUCAUCUUUCAGACAACAGGACACUAACUUCUAUGGAGGGGAGGAAGAACUUAGAUAUAAUGCUACUGAUGAACAAACAUCCUAUCAAAUAGAUUCGACCGCUAGAAACUACCAUGCUUCAUCAGAUUCUGAAAGAGAAGCGGCACAUCAUGAAGAACCUCCUCAAGAAGAUCCAUAUAUGCAGAAUCUUGACAGCUUCUUCACCAACGUAAUGGAUCUAAGAGAUGAGAGUAUAUCUCCUCCCGGUGGAGGACAACAAGCAGCAGCUGUUUAUCAACAUCCCGCCUUAUACCCAUACUUUAAUCAACAUGGAAUGCCAUUAGGGUAUCAUGGUAACUUCAUAAGUGAUCCAUUCAUGCCCCAUGGUUACAUGCAUCCGGGUUUUCAGCAAGGGUUUCCUGUUGGUAACCAUCAGGCUCCUCUAGUUGUGGUUAUUCCUCCCUCUGCCUCAUCACUUCAGCAGCAGCAGAACGAAAACACAUUUGCCUGGCAACGACCACACAUGCGUGUGGCUCCCAGUAGCGAAGUUUACAUCUACAGUGUUAAUCCAAACAUGCAGCCUCCCGGUUUCGUUCAAGCCCAACAACUGCACCAGCAACAGCUGUCUCAACAAGCUUUAAUGUCACUGGACCAACUCCGUCAUCAGCAUCAGCAUCAGCAUCAUCAACAAAGUGCUGGAGAGGCGUCUAGUCAGACUCAAGAACAGCUAUGGCCCAAUAACAACUAGUGAUCAAAAUAAAAACCCCUCUCUCCAUGCCUUGCUUUCUCUUUCCUUUUUUACUUUUGUGAUGUUUGUUAUUCCCGAACAGCGAUGAGUUGAUUCAGAACUAUGAAAAUGGUGUUGUGUGUGUUUGCAUGUUUGGCUAAUAAGAUUUAUGAGGGGGUUUGUUAAAGACUUUUUUAAUGGUUGGUUUGUUGACUUGAAAUUCUGUUUUUGUUUUUGUUUUUGUCUUUACUCUUUAAACUCUUCAGUCUUGACAUCAUAUUAUUAGACCAGAUUUCACGCUAGUGAUCGUUUAGUCCUUGCUAUUUGAGAGGCAUGGAUUAUAAAAACAAGAUCACACUAUAUAGAACUACAUUUUAGGUCCAAAUAGUGUAAAUAUAUGAUUAUAUAUAUAUAAUGAUUAUAUAUCCCUUUCUUAUUAAAAGAGAAGCAUUCCUACAAACUAACCUUAUCUUCAUGUGUUAUUAACCAAAAUGCCAUUUUUUACGUGUCAUUACAAGAGCUCUUCUCACACCUUUUAACUGAAGCCAUUUUUUCACUAGAAUAAUUACAAGUAUUGCCAUUGUUAUAAAUGAACCUUCUUAAACAUUUAUAAUAGUUAGUUGCAUCAAUGAUUCUUUAUCAUGACUAAUUUGUAUAUUAAACUUAGAUAUAACAUGUUUACAAUGUCCACAUAAGCCGAACAGAUAUAAAGUAAAUUAUAUAGUUAUAUACUUUUAUAAAUAUACACAAAAUAAUUAUAUUACAUAGUUGAUAUGGCGUACUAUAUAUAAAAUAAUAAUUAUAUAAUAUUUAUAUAAAUAUAUGUAUAAUAAUUAUAUUAUAUAGUUGAUAUGGUCGUACUAUAUACAAAAAAAAUUAUAUAAUAAAUAAAUAUAUAUAUAUAUAUAUAUAUUAAUAAUUAAAU